AAAAGAAAAAGAAAACAGUUUUGUUUAAGUACAGUGCUUAGAUUAAUGUUGCCAAAUUAAUUUAAAUUAUCAAAGCAGGCCAAUAAUUAAUAAAAAAGGCUAAAGAUAAAGCAGACCCGUUUAUUUUCUUCCAAGCAAAAUAAUGACUUCUCACCUAUAAAACACUCCAAACCCUGUCCUUUCUCACAUCACAAGCUUUCUUCUGGAGAGUUCAAAGUAAGAGAGAGAAGGAAUAGAGAGAGUUUGAGGAGAGAGAGCCUAGUGAGUAAGAAUGGAGGGUAAGGAAGAGGAUGUUAAGCUUGGAGCCAACAAGUUCCCAGAGAGACAACCCAUAGGCACAUCUGCUCAGACAGACAAAGACUACAAGGAGCCACCACCAGCACCCUUGUUUGAGCCCGGAGAGUUGUCAUCAUGGUCCUUUUACAGGGCUGGUAUUGCAGAGUUCAUGGCUACCUUCUUGUUCUUGUACAUCACAAUCUUGACUGUGAUGGGUGUGGGUAGAGCACCUACUAAGUGUGCCUCUGUUGGUAUACAAGGAAUUGCUUGGGCCUUUGGUGGUAUGAUCUUUGCUCUUGUCUAUUGCACUGCUGGUAUCUCAGGAGGACACAUUAACCCAGCUGUAACCUUCGGCUUGUUUCUGGCAAGGAAGCUUUCCCUAACCAGGGCUGUGUUCUACAUGGUGAUGCAAUGCCUUGGUGCCAUCUGUGGUGCUGGUGUUGUUAAGGGUUUCCAGAAAAAAGAAUAUGAGGCUUUGAAUGGUGGGGCUAAUUUUGUGAACCAUGGCUACACCAAGGGUGAUGGUCUUGGUGCUGAGAUUGUUGGCACCUUUGUUCUUGUCUACACUGUCUUCUCUGCCACUGAUGCCAAGAGAAGCGCCAGAGAUUCCCAUGUUCCUAUUUUGGCUCCUCUUCCCAUUGGGUUUGCAGUGUUCUUGGUUCAUUUGGCCACCAUUCCCAUUACAGGAACUGGCAUCAACCCAGCUAGGAGUCUUGGCGCCGCCAUCAUUUACAACAAAGACCACGCAUGGGAUGACCAAUGGAUUUUCUGGGUUGGACCCUUCAUUGGAGCUGCUCUUGCUGCUUUGUACCACCAGAUUGUCAUCAGAGCCAUUCCUUUCAAGAGCAGGGCUUAAGAUCCUUCCUUUUUGUGUCUCACCAUCAUGUUUCAUCCCAAUGGAUUUUCCAUUCUCCGCACAUUUGCAUUAGCCUGUGUCUUUUACUUACCUUUUUGUGGAGAUUUGGUGGUUUUACAAGUGUUAAACUGUGUGUGUAAAUUAUGAAAGUAUGCUGUAUUUAUUAAGCUUGUGCAUCCUAUUAAUGAAUGCUUGGAAAUCUGCCAUGUUUGGUUUAGAGAUGUUGUAACCUUCUCAAUUGCGAGUUGCUAUGACCCAGCUGAAUUCGUUUGGUGUUUGAAGAUCCCAAACUACUACUUGUGGUUCUUUUCUAUGCUCUACCAAACCUUAGGUUUGUGAGUUGUCAGCAUUAACCAAUCUCAUCCACCAUGGCCUCCGGCACUGGCUGAGGUUGCAGAUGGGCUGAGGGAGGUGGUCAUAGGUUGUUCAAGCGGCUUACAAGGUUAGUGAAAAUGAGCCAAAAGUUUAGUGGAAAGGAUAUAGAUCCGCAUGACACACAAGUGGUGUUUAGUACAUCUUGAUAGGGAUCAUCUAAGAUUUAGCUUUUUCCUACAAGUUUUCUCAAAAUUUGAUAUAAUGUAGUUUUAUUGUAAAGAUUCAUUUGAUAUCAAGUUCUAAUAUUUAAUAGAGUCUAUAUAGUCAAUUAAAAAAUUAUAUAGUGAAUUAGGUCAAUAAAUUAUGUUAAUAAAUUAAAU